AUGGCUUUUGAAAGUCAAAAAAGAAUAUAUACUGCAUGUGGAAUAUUGUUUACAGUUUCCGUCUUAUAUAUUACGGCUAAUGCUUUACCUAUAUGGGUAACGGGAUCUAAUGAGUCAGGCACCAGUUCAGGCGGUUUGUGGAAAGCAUGUCAAAAAUAUAAAGGUUCAUCAAAAUGUCUCAAUGCUGGAUCGAAAGUGCUUGACAAAAUUAUGGCUACACGAGCAUUUAUUACAAUAUGUUGUAUUUUAGCCCCAUUAUCGUUUAUAUCAAUAUUGUCGAUUAUAUUGGUGAAUGAAAAUCUGAGGAAGCGUAUGUCUCUAUUAGCUAAAGUUCUUGCCAUAGCAAGUGCUAUUAGUGGAAUUAUUGGUGUUGGUCUUGGAAUUAGUAGGGUUGUGGAUACUAUUAAGUUUACGGCUGCUAUGGAGGUUGAGAAUGUUAAGAUGGGUGUAUCAUGUAUUUUAGCUAUUAUCGCACUCGCACUAAACUUAGUUGGUGCAGUUAUCACCUUUUUGAUUAGAUGA